AUGUCAUCAGAUUCGGAUUAGCAUAAGAAAGAAGAGGCAAAUCGGAUCUAUGUGACAGGAUAUUCAGCAAAAGAAUCAGAAAUGGAUAUAAAGAGUAUUUUCGCUAGACAUGGAGAGAUUCAGGAGUUUUCAUGGAAAGGACGCUUUUGUUUCAUCGUAAGACGUGGGAGUUGGCAUUAGGGUGCAGGCUUAUACCAAGCCUGAGGAGGCAGCAGAUGCUGUUAGAUUGAUGAAUUAGUAGGAGAUCAAUGGAAGAAAUUUGAUUGUAGAGUUAGCACGAGCAAAGAAAAAGGAUGGGGCCUGUUAUUAAUGUGGGAAAUAGGGGCAUUUGUAAGUGAAAUGAAUAUAAUUUUAGUGCUCGAAAUUGUCGUUUGAAUAGACGCUCUUAUUCUGACUCCAGGUAUGAGAACAUGUGACAUUAGGCGCCAUUCAAAGAAGAAAAAAAAACGAAGAAAGCAUAGAUCUUCAAGCUCUUCCUCGAGUAGUGAAAAGAAAAAAUCAAAAAAGAGAAAGAGAAAGAGCAAGAGUUCUUCAUCAAGCUCUCAUUCACGUUCAAGUGAUUGAUAAAUAAAGAUUCAAAUAUAUUUAAA